CGGCCACUCCCCAUCAGGCCCGUAGCGGCUGUCACUGCGCAGUGAAAGAUCAGGAGUGAGUUACUGAUGGAUAAACAAGCUCCAAAGCGUAAAGGAGGUGCACAAAAACUUAGGGAUAAAAAAAUGAAAGCACUUGAGGAAGGUUCAGCAAAAUCAAAAAAAAUUACAGACUUUUCGUUUGGUCCUGCAGCUGGUUCUAGUUGUAGUACAACCACCACCGGAGAAGCUGAUGUAACGUUAGCCGACACAGCGGCCAUUCCCAGUGGCAGUGAGUCCAGCAAUGAAACUGACACAGCACAGCGGCAUCUAGAGCCCAGUACCAGCAGUGAUAUGAUGAGUGUCCUACCAGAGGAUGAACAUCUGGGAGAAGGAGAGCAAAGACCCAAGACACAGACGUCUCGCCCCGAUUGGAGAGACACGCUGGUGGUCCAAAGACGUUGCUGUGACUAAGGUAUUUGGCUCUUUUGGAAAGCCAGAUAAUGCCCUGUAUGUUGAUGUCCUUCAUACCCUCUCCGCCAUUCAACAUGGACAGACCAUCAACGCCACUGCACGGGUCAAUGCACGUGGAUACAUCACCCAGCUUCUGAGGUAUGAAACAAUACUUACAGCUCAGAUCUUCCUGAGAAUUUUCCAGGUCACCUCACCAGUCUCAAAAUACCUUCAGAAAAGUGGAAUGGACAUCCUGACAGCUCAUCGGAUGAUUGUGGCUGCAGAAACACAGCUGAAAGAUAUGACCAGAGACUUCGAGAAAGUCAAGACGGCGGCCGCCACAUUCGUCCAGUGGGCCAACAAUCAAACAGAGGAGCAGAGUGAGGAGACUGAGCUGGAGGUUGAGGCCGCUCUGCCACAGAAACGGGGUAGAAAGAAGAAAACCAUGCCUGGAGAGAUGUCCAAGGAUGAGGCUGUGACUGAUGCUGAAACAUCAUACAAGAUUGAUGUCCAUAAUCAAAUCAUGGACACAGUCACAGGAAGCAUGCACCAGCGCUUCCUCAAAAAUGGCACUUUGUAUGCUGAUUUGGCACUUCUGGACCCAAAAAGAUUCAGCCAGGUAACAUCUUAUGCCGGUGGUUUCCCAGAGGCAGCACUCCAAGAAUUAAGCAAGUGCUUGCUGCCAUUUGAUGACAGAGCAACGGUGGCCAAAUUACAGAGUGAGCUCAUCAGUCUGGCAGGACAGUGGAAUAGGUUGAAGACAUCUGUAUUUGAGGAAUACACAACCAAGACAACAGAGGCUGGGCCAGAGGAUGCUGAAUAUGAAGCGGAGAUGGUAUAUAAAAAGUGCUCAUCUUGCAAGGACUGCCCAUUGUGUUGCUACCGUAUCCUUAAGCAGUACAACCUCCUGACAGAUGCAUACCACAUCAUUGGCCUUGCAUACAGGUUCCUGCUUACCCUGUCUGUCACACAGGUAGCAUGCGAGCGAAGCUUUUCAACACUAAAAUUCAUCAAAAACAGGCUCAGGAGCUCGCUCUCUCAACAGAACCUGGAGUCCUUUAUGCUCAUGGCUACUCAACCAGAUGUUUUGAAGAUGCUGGAUAGUGACCAAAUUAUAGAUGGUGUUGCAGAGAAAAGUGAGCUGCUGCAGAAACUACUAAUUCAGUGAGGUAAUAAUACAUUUACAUUUAUUACUAUGUGACUUCCCAAUCUUGACACUAAUAAAUUAGUGAUUAUUGCAGACUAUUAAACAACAUUAAAAACAUGACAUUUGUUCUAAUGAAGGCUUCAGGUGGAUGUCAGUAUCUCUUCGAUAAUGUGUACAUAACAUGCAUAUAUGUUUUGUCUCUCACCCAUAGGCCACCCUAUUUUUUCCAGAGGGGACUGACUUCUACAACCUUGCUCCCAAUGUGAAAAUCAACCACUUCAACCCAGCCUCCUCCUUUUAAAAGCAACACAUGGAUGAGCUCACUUAUAGACCCAAAAGGGUAGAGAGGGAAGUAUUGACAGGGCUUAUUGUUUAUAAGUAUGUUGCCCUGCCCUCUAGUGUUUUUUGUUGUUGUGUAUGUGUAUACAGUAUUGUAGCGAGCCCUGGGUUCAGAGGGAG